AUGGGCAGCUGCAACUCUAAAGCACAAGGCAGAGAUGCUAUUGCGAGCCGGGUCAGGUCCGACGAAAACUUCCCUUCCUCUAAGACCAGUUACAUACCGUCCCACAUAUCACCUCCAGCGUAUCCGAUGGAACACAACAUAUCCUGCUGUAUUUUAAGGCCAUGGGAGCUUGACGGCGAGAAAUCACGCGGCUACCGAUACACAGUCUAUGUCAACAACAACAAUCUCUUGAACAAGCGCCAACAAAAAGCUCAAGACUUGAUCUUAGAAUACAUUCAAUUGUAUGCGUCAAUUCAUGGGUUGACCGUCUGGGUCAAGUGCUUGGACUAUCUCUCAGAGGGAGAAUCUGAUGUUGAUGCUGAGAGAGAAAAGCAAUUUUGCAAGGACAUGCUGGCUAUAGACUCAAGAUCAGAGCUGAUCCGGAUGUGGGAGCACCGCCCCGACGACAUUCUUCCACUUCCGAGCAUGGGUGGGGACAAACAGUCCCAGCAACGAAGAAAGACACUUAAAUCAAGCGAACAAGAGAUCCACGAUGUGAUCGAGAGAAUCCGAAACAGCAGAGGAUUAGACGAUGCGGAUGCUAAGAGUCAGAUAGAGCCGGAGCUUGUUGCAGCCUUGUCUAGAUUUAACCGAGGAUGGAAGCUCGAAAAAUUCUUGGUAAACAAGACGCAGAUCUUUGGAAAAGCUCCGGAUAUUGAGGCGGAGGGCAUCUCGAAACUCCAGGCCCAAUUUUUUCUCCAAGCCCGAGCCGCCUAUACCAGUUUAGAUGCCACCGAAGGAUCCGUGCCAACUGUUGCAGUUCAUAUUCUCCCUGACGAAAUACCUAGCAGUGUUUUCAACAACAUUCGGAACUACAUGGCUACGACGUGUACUCCCCUAACGAAGCUAGUGGAAGAGACUGGGAAAACCGUUCGACAGGAUCGUUACACGAUGCAGCUUAUCUCACUCUGUACUGCCAGGGGAAAACAUGGGCAUCAAUGGCAAAAACUGGACGAUGAGAAGAGUGGCGGAAUGGAUAUCAUCGACCAUAUGCCUCUAGACAUCGAGCGACUACUAUCUUGCGGUCCUGGGCCUUUCUUUGGCCCAAAAUUGAUGCUUGGGUCAAUCAAUCCGGAUAUUGAUAGAUUCUCGAAGAGAAAGGAUACGAAAUCUGCGCUUUAUGGCGAGAAGUGUACGAAGUUAACGAAGGAGGAAAUGGAAGAAUGUCUCUGUCAGAUGGAGCCAGUGAGCGAUCAGCGUACAACUCGUCAGGUCCAGCCAGGCGAAAAAUAG